UUAGAAAUGUAUGCCUAAAAGAGUUCCUCUUCUAUGAAUAAGAAAUAAUUAAAACAUUCUGAAAUAACAUUUAUCCAAAGCAAGUUUUGACGACCGAGAUUGAUUAAAUAUUUGAUUUUAAUAACAAUAUGUAUAAAACGUGGCUCCUGUUUUUAUACGUGUUUUGCUGUUUUAUUUCAGGACGUUUUUCGGAAGAAUUUCAUUGUGAAAAUACUCCACUUAAUACAUGCAAUUUGAAAAUAAGUUACGAAUUAAUUCCGGUAAACAGAACACAGCUCGUAGAAUUUUGCAAUAAACUUUUUGCGUACAGAAAUUGCAUUAGAAGGAAUGAAUUCAAGACGGAAGAUUUCUGUGGUUGGCCUCUUGCUAUAGAAAAUGCGAUAGAUUUACUUCAUGAAAUAUGUCAUACAGAUUCUUCUUCAUUCUAUCCGAAAUAUUUUGCAGUGGCUCCUUGUCUUAAAACUAGAGCAAAAAGGGAUAAAAGAGAUUGCGAAAGGUGGACAGAUUUAGUUGUUGCUGAAAUCAGCGAACACCAAGAAUAUGAGCGUAUAAAAGGCACCAGUUCUGAAGAAUGUAUAAGGAGUAUUUGCAUGUCCGAAUGUUUCAGAUUGUCUUUGUUAGAAUUGUGUGGAAGUUACGCAGGAUACGUCUACAAUGUAUUUUUGGAGUUUUCUUCAUUUUAUAUGCUGAAAUGCAAGUCUUCUCAACAAUAUCUGAUAGCUUUCGACUUAGUAUCACAUAUGCAACAAAUAAUUUUGGAAAGAGUCAAAUAUCAGCCAAUUCACCAGCCGUACUAUGAAACCUUUGUAGCCAGUUUGCAAUUUUUAUUACAUUUUCUGUAAUCUUAAUGAAUUUUAGAAACUAAUUGAUUUUAUAAUCCGUUGGCCUUUAAUAAAAGCGAUUGUAUAUUGUAUUAUCUUAUAAUAAAGCUCAA